UACACUUGCCACUUAUAUUGACAUUUGUCAACAAAUACCGUAGUGAAUAGUUUGACUAACCUCCCUCAAUUUGAAAUAUGUCGAGCGUUUAACACAACAUAAUAAAUACAUAGCUUUACCUAGCUGUAAAGUUAGUAAACAUUUUAACAGUUAGAGUAAGUUAGGCCUCCGUCAAAAUGUCCGGUUUCAAUUAUGCAAACUUCAAACCGAGUUCAAACCCCGUAAAAAGGCACAACGCGGUGCCACCACCCCCGUCGACGGGCCUUAGUAAACAAGGCUAUUCCACGAUGAACGCGAUCAGUCAAAACGCCCUGUCUGCAGCCUGGGGGGGCAGCCGAAAACGCACCGCCACCGAAGAUGAAUACUUUGAGGAGGAUGAUGAGGAACAAGUGCCGGAUUUAGCUUAUAUACCGGCGCCUGGAAGUCCCACUUACGAUGAGAUGCAAAAGAACAAGAGUAGGAAGGUAGAAGAAGAAGAGGAUGAUGAUCCUCUGGAUGCAUAUAUGGCAGGGAUUGAACAACAGAUGAAAAAAGAGGAGAAACAACAGUCAUCAUCACAACAAGAAAAAGCGGUAAGGAAUGAUUUGGAAGAAGAAGAUGUUGAGGAAUCCUACUACAGAUACAUGGAGGAAAAUCCUAAUGCUGGUUUGGCGCCUGUCGAAGACGACAAUCCUGAAAUUGAAUACGACGAAGAUGGCAAUCCAAUUCCACCUGAGAAAAAGAAAAUUAUUGAUCCCUUGCCCCCAAUAGAUCAUUCACUUAUCGAAUAUAAACCUUUUGAAAAAAACUUUUACAACGAACACCCAGACAUUACAUCUUUGACGAGCGCACAAGUCGUGGAACUGAGAAAGACCUUCGAUUUAACAGUUAGUGGGGGACACGUGCCAAAACCUGUCGCCUCUUUCGCACAUUUCAAUUUUGACGACAAACUAUUAAAAGCGAUAAUCAAAGCAGAGUACACAACACCAACUCCAAUUCAAGCGCAGGCGAUUCCAGCCGCCCUUAUGGGCAGGGACGUGUUGGGUAUCGCCCAGACUGGAAGCGGCAAAACCGCCGCGUUCCUUUGGCCCUUGUUGAAGCACGUUUCAGCCCAGAAGCCGGUAGAAGAGGGCGAAGGUCCCGCGGCUUUGAUAUUAGCACCCACCAGAGAGUUGGCUAUUCAAAUCUACAAUGAGGCCAAGAAGUUUGCCAGAGUUUACGAUUUAAAGGUCGUCUGCGCUUAUGGAGGCGGUUCAAAGUGGGAGCAAAGCUUGGCGUUGAAAGAAGGGGCGGAUAUUGUGGUAGCAACACCUGGCCGCAUAAUCGAUCACGUGAAAGGCGCAGCGACCAAUCUGCAACGAGUCACGUUUUUAGUUCUCGACGAAGCAGAUCGAAUGUUUGAAUUAGGUUUCGAGCCUCAAGUGCGGUCGGUUUGCAACCACGUGAGGCCUGAUCGUCAAACUUUGUUGUUUUCGGCGACUUUUCGUAAGAAAAUCGAAAAACUGGCCAAGGAUGCACUCACUGAACCUGUUCGAAUCUCUCAAGGAGUUACAGGACAAGCCAAUGAAGACGUUACUCAAUAUGUUGAAUUAUUGAACAGUCAAGAGGCUAAAAGAAACUGGUUGUUUUCUAGAUUAGUACAAUUGUUAUCUGCUGGUUCCGUGUUGAUUUUUGUCACGAAAAAACUUGAUGCUGAACAGGUGGCAAACGAUUUGAAGGUGAAAGAAUUCGAUUGCCUGUUAUUGCAUGGCGAUAUGGAACAAGCGGAUAGAAACAAAGUAAUAACGGCGUUCAAGAAAAAAGAAUGUCCCCUAAUGGUGGCCACGGAUGUAGCAGCACGCGGUCUAGAUAUCCCGCACAUCAGGACCGUUAUAAAUUUCGACAUAGCUCGAGAUAUAGACACCCACACUCAUAGAAUAGGCAGGACGGGACGUGCGGGACUUCAAGGUACGGCAUUCACAUUGUUAACACCCAAAGACAAGGAAUUCGCCGGACAUAUCGUCAAGAAUUUGGAGGCGGCACAUCAGGAUGUGCCGCAGGAUGUACUCGAGCUGGCUUUGCAAAGUUCUUGGUUUAAAAAACAACGGUACAAGAAAAAAGGAGAAAAUCCCAAUGUUGGAGGAUUGGGUUUGGGUUUCAAAGAAAAAUCGGCUCCGCGUAGUUUCGUGUCCGGUUGUUCUUCGAAUAAUUUGUCGUCGGUGAACAGCUCCGCUCAAGCAGGCGCGCAACAAUCGAGAGGUCCAGCGACAGACCGACUCUCUGCUAUGAAAGCUGCUUUUCGAUCUCAAUAUCAGAGUCAGUUCACAGCCAGUUCGGAUCAACCGCCACCACCUCCUCCACAAACGGAAAGGAGGAAAAAGAGUAGAUGGGAGUAAAACCUACAGUUUUAAGCUUCUAACGUUGUUUCAUUAAUUUCUAGUACUUGCAUCAAUUUAGCUCCAUUGAUAAUGUUUAUAAAUAUUUCGUCACAUGUGGUACAAACUAUUGUUAUUUAUUAGUAUUUAAGAGUUCAAAGUGUAACUUGUAACACCAACUCAGACUGUAUUGCAGUUACAAUCAUUGUUUGUUGUUAAAUCGAUAAUAAUUACUCAUCAAUUUAGCUCAGUUGAUGAAAUUGUAAAAUCUUAUUUUAUAUGAAUAAGGAACAAUAAAAAUUAAAUAGCGCAAA